UGGAAAGAAAGUUAGAUCAGAUGAGUGCACGAAUGGAACCCUUACUUCCAGAAUUGAAUUAUACGACGAACCAACUUUUAUAUAUUAGUUUAGCACAAAUGUGGUGUUCAGUUCGUAGCCCGGAAACUGAACUUCAUCACUACAUGCAUGACUCCCACGCACCGCCAGAUGCUCGGGUGUUAAAUAUACUCCAGAAUUCCGAACGAUUUUCGAAGGUUUUCAACUGCUCUGGGGGCAGCGGCAUGAAUCCCAUUCACAAAUGUGCUUAUUUCGACUGAAAAACAGACGGACAUGGAAUUUUCCUCCCCUAUACAGAAAUACCACUGUAUAUUUCUGUUCUUAAAUUCUCUGAAAACAUAUCGAAUGUAUAAGAUAUUGUACUCUUUUGUUGUUAUUACAGGCCGUCCUGGUCUAGCCGUGCUACACAAGUCUAGAGUUCUGUUCCUCUUUAGCACUUCUAGAUUAGUGCAAUGUAGGAUCUAAAUUAGUGAAAUAUAGAAGCUGUGUAUGGCCUAAAACAGCACUUCUUAAGACUUUUGAUUCGUGAUUUAAGACUCUUUAUUCAUGACUAUUUACCAGGGAUCGUGAAAAAAAUCAUCGAGAUUUUUUCGCGAUCCCUGGUAUUAAAUAUAGAAUUAAUAAAGACAAAUAAAGAUAUAAAAAUAAAUA